AUGGCGAUGGCAGCGCGAGGUCGAUCCCGCGAGAAGCGGCGCCGGUCCCCGUCGCCCGAUGGCUUUGGCCGCGUGAAGCGCGAUGCGUCGUCCGACCGCCCGCGCCGUCGGUCGCCGCCGGCGCAAGCGGACAGUAGCAGCCAAGACUUUCAAGCGCAACGCGCGACGCUACCCGUGGGCAAGUACAAGGACGCUUUGCUCGCUGCGAUCGCCGCCAACCAGAUUAUUGUGUGCAUUGGCGAGACGGGUUCGGGCAAGACGACGCAGUUGCCGCAGUUCCUUUUGGAGGCGGGCUACGGUGCCACGAAGCGCAUUGCCAUCACGCAACCUCGGCGCGUCGCCACGACGGCCGUUGCCAAGCGUGUCGGCGAAGAGCUCGCGGCCUCUGGCCUCUCGCCCAAGGCCGUGGGGUACACGAUUCGGUUCGACGACCAGUGCACAUCCGAGACCAAGAUCAAGUUUAUGACCGAUGGCAUCCUCGUGCGCGAGUGUCUUCAGGACCCGCUCUUGCAGCAGUACUCGAUCAUCAUGCUCGACGAGGCGCACGAGCGAAGCAUCCACACGGACAUCCUCUUUGGCCUCCUCAAGUCGAUCCUCUCAGCCCGGAAGGACCUCAAGCUCAUCGUCACCUCGGCGACCUUAGACGACGAGCGCUUCGCCGCCUUCUUCAACGGCUGCCCCGUGUUUCGCGUGCCGGGGAGGUCGUUUCCGGUCGACAUUUACCACUCGAAACAGCACCAAAUCAUGGGCAAAACCGGGCCUGUCUCGACGUACCUCACGGCGGCUGUCGAUGCGACGCUGCAGAUCCACAGCAAUGAGCCGCCAGGCCACAUCCUCCUCUUCCUCACAGGCCAGAAAGAGAUCGACGACGCAUGCAAGGAGCUCACCAAGCGGCUCCAACUGCUGCGCGACGCAUCGCCCGACGUUGCGCGCUUCCACGUGCUGCCUCUGUACGGUGCCUUGUCCAGUGCCAAGCAGCGGCGCAUCUUUGAGCCGUCGCGCGACCGCAAGAUCAUUGUGUGCACCAACAUUGCCGAGACGUCGCUCACGGUCGAUGGCGUCAAGUACGUCGUGGAUGCUGGGUUUACCAAGCAAAAGGUCUACAACCCGACACGCGGCCUCGAGUCCCUUGUUGUCGUGCCCGUCUCGCAAGUGUCUGCCCAGCAACGCGCCGGCCGCGCCGGCCGCACCAGCGCGGGAAAAUGCUACCGCCUCUACUCCAAGCAGUCGUACGAAUCGAUGCUGCCCGAGACGGUGCCCGAGAUCCAGCGCUCCAACUUGGCCAACACCAUCUUGUACCUCAAAGUGCUUGGUAUCGCCGACGUCGUUGGCUUCGACUACUUGGAUCCGCCGGCCGAAGACGCCAUUCUGGACGCGCUCCACCAACUCUACAUCCUUGGCGCGCUGGACGACCAAGGCGGCGUCACGGCCACUGGCAAGGACAUGGCACAGUUCCCACUCGAACCGCGCUUGGCCCGCGUGCUGCUGGAAGGCAUCCAGCUUGAGUGCGCGAACGAAGCCAUGACGAUCGUCGCCAUGCUCUCGGUCGAGAACGUCUUUAUGUUUCAAACCAACCGCCACCGCGACGACCCCAUGGCGGCGUCGCGUCGCCGGGCCAUGGACCUCCUCGAAACAUCGCUUCAUCCGCGCGGUGACCACCUCACGCUCCUCCAGCUCUUUGAAGCCUGGGAGCACCUUCCGCCGUACGAGCAAGAAGCGUGGUGCCAUGAGCGCCACUUGCACUGCCGAGCAUUCCGCACCGCCGCGUCGGUCCGGUCGCAGCUCCACGAGUUGGUCGACAAGGUGCGUCGACGCCAGCCACCGCACACAAGCACGACGCCGGCUCUCGACCGCGUCCGGCAAGCCGUAACCGCGGGCUUCUUCAUGCAUGGCGCCCGCAAGUGCAUCAUGCAUUCGAUCUAUCGCUGCCUGCACCAUGGGUCAACCGAGGACACGACGGCUGAGCUUGUCCACAUUCACCCGUCGUCGUCGCUGAGCGAACGCUCGCCGCCCGAGUUUUGCGUCUACCACGAGCUCGUGCAUACGAGCCGCGGCUACAUGCGCCACGUGCUCGAAGUCGACGCGGCCUGGCUCGACAUGUACAAGCCGUCCAAGCAGCUCAAGCCGUCCGAGUGCUACCGCCUCACACAGCGGGAGCCGCCGGCCGCGCUCGUCGCUGCCGAGACGUCGGCUGCUGCCGCCAUGGAUGUCGGCGACGCGCCGCGCUUAGUCAAGGUCGAGCCGGUCAAGGUGACGGACGACGCCGUCUCGGCUGCUCGCGCGCGGUACCUGGCCCGGAAGAAGCAGCAGUAG